CCCUGCAGUUCCUAAAGCCUUCCGGGGUUGCAACCCCGUUUCAUCAUCCGUAAAUGAAGAGGAUGGUAAUUCCUGCCAACACGCUCGCUAUAAAUUGUAAACUCCCGCCACAGAGCUAAGUGGGCAGAAGUUUGCCAUUGCUGUCCGACACUCUGAUGACCUUGAAGAACCGACCCUCGCGGCAGCUGCCUUCUAUAGGACGCGGAGCAGCAAUACCCACGCGGUCUGGAAAGUUCCAGCGAUCGCAAGUCUGGACUCUCCGGGCAGCGCUCCUCCGGGGCGCGGGCACAGGAGAGCUACUGUGGCCAGGAUUGAAACUCAAAGAUGGAUGAUCAGGAUCCUGGGGGCAUUAGCCCCCUUCAGCAGAUGGUGGCCUCAGGAGCUGGGGCUGUGGUCACCUCCCUCUUCAUGACACCCCUGGAUGUGGUGAAGGUCCGCCUUCAGUCUCAGAGACCCACGGUAGCCAGCGAAUUGACAACUCCCUCCAGAUUCUGGAGUCUCUCCUACACCAAAUCACCCUCCACUCUACAGUCCCCAGGGAAGUGCCUCCUGUACUGCAAUGGUGUCCUGGAGCCCCUGUACCUGUGCCCAAAUGGUACUCGCUGCGCCACCUGGUUUCAGGAUCCUACACGGUUCACUGGCACCUUGGAUGCCUUCGUGAAGAUUGUGAGGCACGAGGGCACCAGGACCCUGUGGAGCGGCCUCCCAGCCACCCUGGUGAUGACUGUACCAGCCACUGCCAUCUACUUUACUGCUUAUGACCAACUCAAGGCCUUCCUAUGUGGUCAGUCCUUGACCUCUGACCUCUACGCACCAAUGAUGGCUGGUGCCCUCGCCCGAAUGGGCACUGUGACAGUGGUCAGCCCCUUGGAGCUUGUGCGGACCAAGCUGCAGGCACAGCAUGUGUCAUACCGCGAACUGGCUGCCUGUGUUCAAGCUGCCGUGGCUCAGGGUGGCUGGCGCUCGCUGUGGCUGGGCUGGGGUCCCACAGCUCUUCGAGAUGUACCCUUCUCAGCUCUAUACUGGUUCAACUAUGAGCUGGUGAAGAGCCAGCUGAAUGGGCCAAGACCGAAAGAGCAGACAUCUGUUGGCAUCAGCUUUGUGGCUGGUGGCAUCUCAGGAAUGGUGGCUGCCACCCUUACCCUACCCUUCGAUGUGGUGAAGACACAGCGACAGAUGUCACUGGGAGCCGUGGAGGCUGUGAGAGUGAAGCCGCCAAGAGUUGACUCCACCUGGCUCCUGCUUCGGAGAAUCCAGGCUGAAUCUGGCACCAGGGGACUCUUUGCAGGUUUCCUCCCCAGGAUCAUCAAGGCUGCGCCCUCCUGCGCCAUCAUGAUCAGCACUUACGAGUUUGGCAAAAGCUUCUUCCACAGGCUCAACCAGGAGCAGCCUCUGGGCCACUGAAGGUUGAGGAGCAACUGGCUCUUGCCCGGGUGGGAAGAGGAGACUGAGCCAAGUGCCUUCCCUCCCAGUCCAGCCACCUAGGCUGUCCUCACUUGGAUUCCUGCUGUUUCCCUCCCCCACCUCCGAGACCAAAUCUGAUGAUUCCCUGCUUUGUGUCCCUUAUGUUUGUUAUAGCUUGGCCCUGAGGAGCCGUGAGCUCGGGCCAGGCGGAAUUCCCAGCCAUUUGUUCCCUGUCUAAAGAUGAUGAUCUUCUGUGCA